GGAUGGUGGCUUUUAUUUUAGCUUCUCCGCCGACUGCGGGGAGCGCCGUCGCCGAGCUUUACAGGACCGUUUAUUACUAUUGGAACAUAUGAAAACUGAAAGCGGCAGCGAGCUUGAGCAGUCCACAAUGCAUCAGGCCGUCAGCUCCAGCGUGCCGGCCUUCCUGGCCAAGCUCUGGGCGAUGGUCAACGAGGAGAACACCGACUCGGUCAUUGGCUGGACUGAGUGCAAUAAGUCGUUCUACAUUCGAAAUCAGGCCGUCUUUGCCAUGGAGCUCCUGCCCGUCUAUUACAAGCACAACAACAUGGCCAGCUUCGUCAGACAACUGAACAUGUACGGGUUCCGGAAGGUGCUGUCCCCAAUGGCCGGCUCCCUGAGGAACGAGUCCGACGAGAUGAUCUUCGCGCACCCUGACUUUGUCAAGGACGAGCCCUGGGGCCUGGAGAACAUCAAACGCAAGAUUCCGCACCACAAGGACCUGCCGGCCGCCUCCGGCGAGCUGAUUGCCCGGCUCUACAGCGAGGUGAAGUCGAUGAAGAGCAAGCAGGACUCGCUGGACAGCCACCUGAGCAAGAUGAAGCGCGAGAACGAGUCGCUCUGGCGCGAGGUGCUGGUGCUGAGACAGAAGCACGCCAAACAACAGCAGAUCGUCAACAAGGUGAUCCAGUUCCUGGUGCCGUUCCUCCAGACGGGACGCGGCACCAGCUCGUUCAUGGGUCUGAAGCGCAAGCAGCUGCCGAUGCUGGAGGACAGCGGCGGCGGCCCGUCCGCCAAGGCGCCCCGGCUCACCCGCACCUACUCCAUGGACGAAAACAUGGCCGCCUCCAUCGACAACCGAUCGAUAGCGUCGAGUGCCUGCUCUCCCGGGCCGGUCAUCCACGAGGUCACCGACGUGACCUCACCAGUGGCCUCCAACGGCGCCGGCACCUCCACCACCCAGUCGCAGGCGCUCGCCUCCUUCAGCGCUUCCCCUGG